AUGGACUCCACAGAAGCAGCCAAACUUAUCGCCAUCCCGGCAGCACUCAUCGUCUCCGGAUACCAACUGGCUCUGUCCCAGAACUCCUUACCCAUCGUUCUCAAUGAAGCAGCCUCAGUGUCAACGCCAAUCUUCAAGCAAGUCUACAACCGCGGCGCCGUCAUAGCCGUCCCGGGAGCUCUCGUGGCUUCCACAGCCUUCGGAUAUUUGGCCUACACAACCCACAACAGCACUCACCGAUGGCUCUUCACGACCGGUGCCAUCUUGACCUUUGGAGUCCUUCCAUUCACCAGGCUCGUCAUGUACGGCGGAAUUCAGAGGCUGAUCGAGAUAAGCGGCAGCUCGACCGUGCAGGAGAGGUCUGGGGCGGAGGUGACCAAAUCACUGAAGGCUUGGACUGUUCAGAACUGGGUGCGCUGUGGAAUGAUGCUGACAGCUGGUUUUGCGGGGUUGGUGACUGCGUUUGUUUAA